AUGAUCUCUCCGAGCAGACCUGACUCCCCCAGCUCGUCCUCGAAUUGGUUGCGUGUCCUCUCCCGCCUCGUCAUUUGCUCCACCCUCAUCCUGGCCCUCAGCGUGGCCCUCAAGACCCGCUCCCGUCUCUCUCUUCUCCUUCCCUCUUUCUCCUCCCAACACCCCGCAGUCAUGUCUUACCAGCAAGAACGCUACAUCGCCGAGCUCGCCGUCCAGCGGGCCUGCCUUCUCACCCAGAAGGUCUUCUUCGAGAAGGCCAAGGGUACCGUCUCGAAGGACGACAAGUCCCCCGUCACCAUUGGCGACUUCGGCGCCCAGGCCCUGAUCAUUCAGGCCAUUCGCAAGAACUUCCCCAACGAUGAGAUCGUUGGCGAGGAGGAGGCCAGCUCCCUGCGUGCGGACAAGGACCUCAGCGCCGAGAUCUGGCGUCUCGUCAAGGACAUCAAGCUGGAGGAUGCGGAGAGCGACAAGGUGCUGGGCGGGCCCCUGCCCAGUGAGGAGAGCAUGCUGGAUAUUAUUGACCAGGGCAACAGCGCUGGUGGCCCCAAGGGCCGUAUCUGGGCCCUUGACCCCAUCGACGGCACCAAGGGUUUCCUCCGUGGCGGCCAGUACGCCGUCUGCCUUGGUCUGAUCGUUGACGGUGACGUCAAGGUUGGUGCCAUUGGUACCCCCAACCUCCCGGUGGACGACAAUGCCACCAUCAACGCUAGCACUGGUGCCCAGCAGGAGGGCUCCUCCGCCAACGGUGUCCUGUUCUCCGCUGUCGAGGGCGAGGGCGCCACCAGCCGCCCUCUAUCCAACGGCACCCUGGCCCCGAGCAAGUCCAUCUCCAUGCGCCCCGUUGGCAACAUCGCCGAGGCCGUCUUCUGCGAGGGUGUCGAGGCUGCACACUCCGCCCAGGGCGACAACGCCGCCGUUGCCGAGCGCCUUGGUAUCACCGCCCCGAGCGUGCGACUGGACUCGCAGGCCAAGUACUGCUCAAUCGCCCGUGGCGCUGGUGACAUCUACCUCCGCCUCCCCGUCAAGAAGGACUACCAGGAGAAGAUCUGGGACCACGCUGCCGGCGAUAUCCUUGUCCGUGAGGCCGGUGGCCAGGUGACCGAUAUCUACGGCAACCGUCUGGAUUUCAGCAAGGGCCGGACCUUGGCUGCCAACACGGGUGUCGUGGCUUCCCCCAACGCCCUCCAGGAUCAGGUAAUCGCUGCCGUCAAGGCUGUACUGAAACUGUAA